AUGGGUAUCCGAGGACUAAUGAGUUUUGUGGAAGAUCAUAGUAAUGAGUUCUUCACUGAUUUGAAGUUGCGGGACACAAAAAUUGUCAUAGAUGGCUACGCUCUUUUCCACCGACUGUGCUUCAAUUCAGACUUGGAGCUCCGUUAUGGAGGAGACUAUGAUUCUUUUGCAGAUGUUGUACAAAAUUUUUUUGAGUCACUGUUUACUUGUAAUAUAUGUCCAUAUGUUGUGCUUGAUGGAGGAUGUGAUAUUUCUGACAAAAAGCUUACAACUUUAAAGGAUCGAGCUAGAGAGAAGAUCCAGAUGGCCCAUUCCCUUUCAAUUGGUGGAGGUGGGUAUGUGUGUCCCUUACUCAUCCGGGAAGUGUUCAUACAGAUUUUGAUCAGACUCCAGGUACGUUUUGUCCAGUGCUUUUCAGAAGCAGAUCAGGACAUCAUGACACUUGCCAAUCAUUGGAAUUGCCCUGUAUUAUCAUCGGAUAGUGACUUUUGCAUUUUUGAUUUGAAAACUGGGUUUUGCCCAUUGAAUAGCUUUCAGUGGAGAAAUAUGAACACUAUUAAAGGGAAAAAAAACUACUAUAUUCCUGCCAAAUGCUUUUCUCUUGAUGCCUUCUGCCAUCACUUCAGCAAUAUGAACAAAGCUCUGCUACCUCUCUUUGCAGUGCUAUGUGGAAAUGAUCAUAUUAAUUUGCCUAUUGUGGAGACAUUCUUAAGUAAAGUAUGCCUUCCUCUUAGAGCUACUAGUUCUAAAGGAAGGAGACAUCACCGAGUUCUGAGAAUUCUGAACUGGUUGUCUCAUUUUGAUAACCCUACUGAAGCACUAGAUAAUGUUCUGAAACAUCUGCCAAGAAAGGAUCGAGAAAAUGUUAAGGAACUUCUCUGCUGCUCCAUGAAGGAAUACCAGCAGUCCCAGGUGAAGCUACAGAACUUCUUCCAGGAUGGUACUUUUAUCUGUCAAGAUGCCAUGAAUCUGGGUUUACCAGACUGGGUGUUGGUGGCUUUGGCCAAAGGCCAGCUAUCUCCAUUCAUAAGUGAUGCUUUGGUACUAAGAAGGACCAUUCUUCACACGCAAGUAGAAAACAUGCAGCGACCAAAUGCCCACAAAAUUGCUCAGCCUAUCAGGCAAAUAAUUUAUGGGCUUCUUUUGAAUGCUUCAUCACAUCCCAAAAACAUGUCCCCAAAUGCAUUGCCAUCUCAGCCUCUAGCUUUCUGUGAAGUAGAAAGGAUUAAUAAAAAUAUCAAAACAUCCAUUGUUGAUGCAGUAGAACUGCCCAAGGAUUAUACUGACUUGAGCAAACUGACCAAGGUGAGAAUUUGUAAUGAUAGUGAAAUUGUGAUAAGGUGCAUUCAUAGAUAUUCUUUCUCAUAA